AUGUCACCUGGAGAGAAACUCUGUGACGGCUGCGGCAAUCCUGCUUUCUCUUUUCAGUGUCCACUUUGCCAGGCGGAGAUUGCCACUGACCGUGGUUUUUUUUGCGGUCAGGAGUGCUUUGCGAAGAAUUGGCGGAAUCACCGCAACACAUUCCAUAAAAAAGGCGUUGUUCGGGCCAAACAGCCGCCAGGACCCGCUUCGGUCGAGGCAGCCGGGGACUGCCAAAAGCGGUUGACGGGGGGUACGAAGGAAGCCGGUGGAUCCAUCAAAAAACGGCGGAAACUGGAAAAGGAGGUGGGAGUGAAGACGAAGUGUCCAGGUGCCGUGCCUUGGCUUCCGCCGCCAAGGGGGAGCCCUGCUACGGCAGAGGUGACACCCCCGUUACCCCCCGAGACUCCCCGUGCAGUAGUCGGAUGUCCAUCGGCAGAUCGUCGCAUCGCAUUCUGGUCAGCAGCUGUUGCAGCGUCGCACCAUAUUGCCGCUGCUUUUUCUCAGGGGGAAGGCGUCGCACCGUUUAGCGUGCUAGUUGUAACAAGCAGUCCAUUGGCAGCGCAUGCCAUGGCCUGGGCAGCGCGUUGUGCUGGUCUUGCGGGUGUUAUGCGUCUUGUUGUGAGUGCACCGAGCGAAGCUGUGGGAGCUAACCUAUUGAAGCACACUUCCGACGAACGACGGGUUAUUAUCACGACACAGGAGAUUGUUCGGUGUGUGGCCGACGGAUCCGUGGCCGUGUGGCUGCCGAGAGCAGAAAGUCUUCUUGUGACGCUGCCAGGUGUUGUAGAUGCGUGCGACCUUCAGGCUGUGCACUUACGUGCUGUCUUUUUUGUUGGUCGCACCGCUGGUUCAGAUUCAACGGAGGACAAUUGGUGUGUGGAGGAGGAAAUUGUUCAUCAUGUCUCACCGCCGCUGAGCCCUCCUGCUGCCCUACUUCAUCAGGUUGAUGUUUUUUCAAUUCCAACGGAGGAUUCCUCAGCCACUGGCAACAAGGAAGCAACGGAUACCACACCCAAAUUGAAAUUACUUCGCUUUGAUAAUGAUGUGUCAACCUCACUUUCACGUGGUGACCUUUCGGGGGCUCUUCAGCAUCUUGUGCGCCUGUACAGUGCAAGUCGGGGCAUGUUUGAAGAGGUUUUUUUAAGCACCUUCUUGUCGGCGCUGGGUGCUGCAAGCGUCACUCACGCCCAUCACAUGCUGGCGUACGCCGCACGUUAUCUGGUGGACCACUCCGCGCGGUUCGCUGGUCCGCCGGGAGGCACACUAAAGGAAAUGACCCUCCGUGCAGUGACAAAGGUGGUCCGCCUAUUCCCACCCAUCAAGGAAGCAGAGGAAGGAAAAGUGGCGACAAAGAAGAAGGGAGAUGCCGUCAUCACUGACGCCACUGGGAAUGGUGAUUUAAGUGAAUUUCUCACUCAACCUUCUGCCAUAGAGAAGAGAAAGUUUUUGAACUACUACGAGACGCUUCCCAACCUUCAGCUACAGGCUACCAUUUGCUACCUCUACGAACAUGCCCCACCUGGGACUGUAGACGCCUUUGGUGCGGCUUGGGGCGUGGAUAAAGUUGUACCAGGACUUGAAGCAUUGAAGUUGGCAGAUAGAAAACGUGAGGAUGCGGUGCAACGGUUACGGAAUCGUUACGGAUCUAAGCUUAGUUCAGCAUUUGCCAAUUAUCUUGUGGUCCUGAUGCACUUUAUCUACGACGCAGUGGCUGGGUAUUCUCUCGCUGUGGAGGAGUUAGAGAGACGCACCCUAUGGUCUUUGACACUUGAGCCAGAAGUGGGAUCUCUCCGUAGUUUUCUUUCGAAUUGUUUUCUGCUGCAAAAGGAAGACACAUCUUGCGCUGAAUCAAAGAGGGGGGAGACGGCAAGGCUUUCAAGCCGAAAGGUGUCGAAUAAGCCCCCGAGCCGCACGGAAAUUCUUCGUUCUUUUCCGGUGCGAACUUCCGUUUUUGAGGAACCACUCUUUCUUUCGUGGUUGACGCUUCCACUUGUGGGGAAACGGCAACGUGAUAUGGAACGGUUGCAACGUCAAGCUGUGGAGGAGAUUCUUAUGGCAAUGCCAAGAAAUCCCCGGCCCAUGUACAUUGGUGACGUUGGCAAUCUUAUUGGUAAAUGGAACCAUUUCAAUGCUCGCUUUGAAGGUGCUCUUGGUGUAAGUCUCAUGGAAUUUCUUAUGCAGCAUCCUGAACAUUUUCGUGUUGUUGGCAACCUUGUGACGCGGCGUUCUGCAGGUGUGUCUGAGCAAGUGAGGAUGCGAUUUGAUAACGACGACAGCGGUGACGAUGAUGAUAAUGGCAAAGAAUCGGAUCAGGAACGCAAGGCAAAGGACCGUGCGUUGCUUACAGGUGUAAAGGGCAGCGGUGGACGUGGAUUGAAUGCGAAGGAUCUGCCCGCGCGAGCACGGAAGAAGGCGACUGUGAAAGCGUUCAAUAAAGCACGCUUUAACCGCAACUACAAGCCAAUGGAUCCAGCGGCAAAGGUGCCCGGAUAUGUCAAGCAUGGCCCGCGCAAAGUAAAGGGCAGGGGCCGCAAGGUUAACAAGCGUGUCACGAAGCGUGGCGGUUAG